GAAUAUAAUAUAAAUAAACAUCAGCCCAAUAAAAAAAUUCAGCAAAUUGUUUCGAUAAAUAAUUCCUUGUGCCUAUUUCAUGAUGAAAAUACACAUGUUCUUAAAAUAAUAUUUGAAAACAUAAAUAAUGAGGAGCCGUUAAUUUACUGGUUAUUUUCUAAUCGCAUAUUUGUGACAGACACUAACGUUUCUAUAUGCAGUAAGAUUUUACACAAGGAAAACAUAAGUGAUAUCUUGGAAUUCCUAUCUAUGACGAUUGACAAAAGAAACAUUUACAUUUCAGCAAUAAUUAUUAGCAAUUAUUCGCCUAAAUCUUCUUUCUAUGUUUUGAAAAAGAAAUACGCAAGUCUCAAGAGCGUAAAUGCAGACAAAUAUGUUGAAAAGACAAUAAUAGACUCAAUGGAAUUUUCUUAUCAAAUUUACGCUUUUGAUAAAUCUGUACAACCAUAUCCUCCAAUGAGAUGCCUGACACCUGACGAGAAAGUUUAUAAUUUUGAGAAUGUGAAUACAACAACAAACAGCAUCAUUGUGAAUCUUCCGGAGUCAGUUGUAAAGAGUGGAUGCAAAAAAUAUAAUUUACCAACUACUAUAUAUACUAUCUCUGUAAGCUGUUUAGACAACAAUCUCAACAAAUCUGAGAAAUUCAAUGUGCUGCGAUAUGUGACGUGCGAGCGAUAUUACGAGAUUCAGAACUUAACACCAUUUACAGAGUACAAGUUGCAGUUUACUUUAAGCAAUUUUUACUUUGAUCAAUUAUCAAUAAAUCCAAUCAAUUCGAAUGUGAUGUCAUUAAAAACUAAUUCGGGCAAGCUUAAUGCACCAGAAAACAUAAGUGUUUUAGUUUUGACGCCUACUAUAGCAGUAGUUCAUUGGAUGCCACCCAAGCAAUUGAACUGCGUGAGCGUGAACUACGAAGUGCAUUGGAAGUUAGUGAACGACAAGCAACAUAAGAGCAAACAAUUUAUCAAUAUGCCGAAACGUAUGGCAGAUGACAGAUUUUUCACAAAGAUUAACUUGUUGCUACCAAUACAAAAUUACUUGAUAUACGUGCGUGUGUAUCCAACUAAUUUCAGCGAUUUGUACAACGAGAGUUUAACCAAGAUCGUUCACAUAUCCUCAGAACCAAACAAUAUUACUUUGAGCGGGGUCGACAUAAAUAGCAUGAACAUUUCAUGGAUCUCCAACAUUAAUCUGACGAUCAUUUUUACACUAGAGUACAAAGAUAUUGCAGCAGAAAAGUGGCAAACAAUGAAUUCUUUUAAAAUGAAUUAUAAAGAUAAAGUAAUAUACUAUCUCAAAAAUUUACAAUCGGGAACUUUAUACAAGUUUCGCUUGAUAUUGAGAUUUCUCAAAUAUGAGGAAACUUUUAUAUGGCCGGCUGAUGAAAGAUUUAUUUUUUCAACACGUGAUAGCAAACGUGAUAUUCCGAGUACUCCUGGAAUAAUAUGGAAUAAAUAUUACUUGUUAUUGAUGUUGGUUAUAGUUCCUAUAAUCUGCAUUUUCUACAUUUAUCGUUUGUAUCGUCAACGCAGAGGUAAUAAUGAACAAUUUUUGUCUUCUACAAUGACCGAUGUAGAAUUGGCGAUUCUACCUGAAGUACCUUGUCGCAACAUUCAAUUCAAUAUGAUUUACAGUCCUAUGUUACAUUAUAAUCCGGAUAAAUGUGCGAUAACUAAAAUCGCACGAAAUCAAAUUACAUUUACGAAACAUCUUGGUAGCGGCGCAUUCGGAAUGGUGUAUCAAGGAAAGGUAAAGGAUUUAGAAAAAUCGGGCACAGAGAUAUCCGUUGCAAUAAAAACGCUUGGAAAAGAUGCUUCUUCCCAUGAGAAAAAGAAAUUGUUAAAGGAAGCCAAGCUUAUGAGUCAUUUUCAACACAAACAUAUAUUAAGAUUGUUUGCCGUUUGUUUAGAUGGAGACUCUCCGUUACUAGUGUUGGAAUUGAUGGAAAUUGGAGAUCUGUUAAAAUAUUUGAGACAAUGUCGAAAUUUGCAAGUGUCAGAUUCGUCUGCUCUGCGUUUGCAGGAUUUGCUCGCCAUGUGCGAAGAUGUUGCGCGAGGUUGUUGCUACUUGGAAGAGUUACGUUUUGUACAUAGAGAUCUAGCGUGUCGCAAUUGUUUAGUAUCUUCGAGAAAUCGAGAGAAUCGUGUCAUCAAAAUUGGAGACUUUGGACUAACUAGAGAGAUCAAGAAUGAUUAUUAUCGCCUGAAAGGAGAAGAUUUGCUUCCUAUUCGAUGGAUGGCACCCGAAUCUUUGAUAAUGGGAAUAUUUACUUCUCAAACCGAUGUUUGGUCCUUUGGGGUAUUAAUGUGGGAAAUUACAUCGUUGGGUGAGCAACCUUAUAGUGCCAAGGUUAAUGAAGAAGUAAUAAAUUAUGUAUGUGCUGGAGGCAGGUUGCCAAUGACUCUUAACUGUCCGUCACCAUUGUACCAGUUGAUGCUACGUUGCUGGAAUGCAGCAUAUACUAGACCAAAUUUCGAAUUUUGUCUGAAAAAUAUUAUAGCAUUAAGAAAGAACAUAGAGGAUGCCUUGCUGAGUCCGGUCGAUAUUAUUUAGCCGAUAUACUUAAAUUAAUGUUUAUUUUAUUUUCCAAACGACUCA